GCCCCACUCCCAAGUCUUCUCCAGCUACGCCCACACGCUGGCCGGGCCUCUCCCCCUAGUCACGUUCCCUGCCUCCUCUACUGGUGGCAGGGGAAGGAGGUGGGAGGCGGAAGGACUGCUUCGGUUUUACGUUGGAGACACUGGGAUGACACUGGAAUGUGAGGGCAACACGGUUGAGUGUGCCUUUGCCCUACUAGUGGUUAAUGCAAUCAUAAUAGCAACGCUUGAGACGCUUUAUGCCUGUUUCUCAAAACAGAAAAAAAGCAUCGGAAUCUCUGAGGAUCACUCCCUCCAGGUGGUGGGAGGACUUCCAGAGGCAUCAGAGCAGAGACCGCAGAGAACCUACUUCACCAGGCUCGAGGCUGGAGGCCCCGCCAUGGCAUCCUCAAGGCCCCUUCUGAUGCUGGCCCUGCUGGCGUGGGUGGUUCUGGCUGACCAAGAGUCAUGCAAGGGCCGCUGCACUGAGGGCUUCAACUCCGACAGGAAGUGUCAGUGUGACGAGCUCUGCUCUUACUACCAGAGCUGCUGCUCCGACUACGUGGUCGAGUGCAAGCCCCAAGUGACUCGUGGGGAUGUAUUCACUCUGCCAGAAGACGAGUACAGCUUCCAUGACUACCGCGAGGAGACCAGAUCCAAUACCAGCGUCCAGGCACAGCCAGAGGGCCCCACCCAGACCUUUGUCCGGCAGGCCCAGCCUGAAGAGACUACUGAGCAGGCACCUGUUCUGAACCCUGAGGAAGAAGCCCCAGGACCUGGGCGGGAGAACUCAGAGCCUGAAGUGGGGACCGUCAUGCCCGAGACUGGUAAUCUAGGGAUCUCCGAGUCCCCAGCAGAGGAAGAGCAGUGCAGUGGGAAGCCCUUCGACGCCUUCACCGACCUCAAGAAUGGUUCCCUCUUUGCCUUCCGAGGGCUCUACUGCUAUGAGCUGGAUGAAAAGGCAGUGAGGCCUGGGUACCCCAAGCUCAUCCGCGAUGUCUGGGGCAUCGAGGGUCCCAUUGAUGCUGCCUUCACCCGCAUCAACUGUCAGGGGAAGACCUACCUCUUCAAGGGUAGUCAGUACUGGCGCUUUGAGGAUGGUGUCCUGGACCCCGAUUUCCCCCGCAACAUCUCUGAAGGCUUCAGGGGCAUUCCGGACAACGUGGACGCAGCCUUGGCCCUCCCCGCUCAUAGCUACAGUGGCCGGGAGCGCGUCUACUUCUUCAAGGGGAGACAGUACUGGGAGUACGAGUUCCAGCAGCAGCCCAGCCAAGAGGAGUGCGAAGGCAGCUCCCAGUCGGCCGUGUUCGAACACUUUGCUCUGCUGCAGCGGGACAGCUGGGAGGACAUCUUCAGACUUCUCUUCUGGGGCAGUUCCUCUGGUGGUGCUGGAAAGCCCAGGUUCAUCAGCCGGGACUGGCAUGGUUUGCCUGGACAAGUGGACGCGGCCAUGGCUGGCCACAUCUACAUCUCAGGCUCAGCUCCCCGCUCCUCUCGGACCAAGAUGACCAAGUCUGCGCGUCGCAAUCGUAAACGCUACCGCUCGCGCCAUGGCCGUGGCCGUGGCCGGAGACGCAGCCAGAACUCCUACCGGCAAUCUCGCUCCACCUGGCUGUCCUGGUUCUCCAGUGAGGAGUUGGGCCUGGGAGACUAUAACUAUGAUAACUACGAGAUGGACUGGCUUUUGCCUGCCACCUGUGAGCCCACCCAGAGCGUCUACUUCUUCUCAGGAGACAAGUACUACCGAGUGAACCUUCGCACGCGGCGAGUGGAUGCUGUGAUCCCUCCCUACCCACGCUCCAUCGCCCAGUACUGGCUGGGCUGCCCAGUCCCUGCCCACGAGUAGGAGUCCGAGUCCAAACAGCUGGGCCUCUGCUGCUCCCUCCUCCAACAUCCUCCUCCCAGCUCAAUAAAGAUCCCUUGGCCC